GCUCGCCCGCCCGCUCGCUCCGUCGGCCCGCGGGGCUGCCAGCCCCCGCUGGGCCGGGGCCAUGCAGGAGAGCCAGACCAAGAGCAUGUUCGUGUCCCGGGCCCUGGAGAAGAUCCUAGCCGACAAGGAGGUGAAGCGGCCCCAGCACUCUCAGCUGCGCAGGGCCUGCCAGGUGGCGCUCGAUGAAAUUAAAGCAGAAAUAGAGAAGCAGAGGCUCGGUGCUGCUGCACCGCCAAAGGCAAACUUCGUUGAAGCUGACAAGUACUUCCUUCCAUUCGAGCUAGCUUGCCAGUCCAGGUCCCCCCGGGUGGUCAGCACGUCCCUCGACUGCUUGCAGAAACUCAUCGCUUAUGGUCACAUCACCGGCAACGCCCCCGACAGUGGUGCCCCCGGCAAGCGGUUGAUUGACAGGAUCGUGGAAACCAUUUGCAACUGUUUUCAAGGCCCUCAGACCGAUGAAGGCGUUCAGUUACAAAUCAUUAAGGCUCUUCUCACUGCGGUCACAUCCCCGCACAUUGAAAUUCAUGAGGGCACCAUCCUGCAGACGGUCAGGACAUGUUACAAUAUCUAUUUGGCCAGCAAAAAUCUCAUCAAUCAAACCACCGCCAAGGCUACCCUCACUCAGAUGCUGAACGUCAUUUUCACCCGCAUGGAAAACCAAGUGUUGCAGGAGGCCAGAGAAUUGGAAAAACCAAUCCAUUCGAAACCACAGUCCCCUGUGAUCCAAGCUGCAGCAGUGUCCCCAAAGUUCAAUCGUUUGAAGCAGAGCCAGGCACAGAGCAAACCAACAACUCCUGAAAAGACAGAUUUAACCAAUGGCGAGCAUGCCAGGAGUGGUUCCUCGGUGAUCACAGAGAACGGACAUGCCCCCAGAGAGAGAGGCCCGUCGCUCUCAGGGACUGAAGACGGAGCCCAGGAGGUGGUAAAGGAGAUCUUAGAAGAUGUGGUCACGUCUGCAGUUAAAGAAGCAGCACAAAAGCACGGGCUGACGGAGCCCGAGAGGGUCCUGAGUGAACUGGAGUGCCAGGAACGUGCCGCCCCCCCUGCAGCUGAUGAAAACUCCCAGACCAACGGGAUAGCGGACGACAGGCAGUCCUUGUCAUCAGCAGAUAACCUGGAGUCGGAUGCUCAGGGACACCCAGUGGCCGCCAGGUUCUCCCACGUUCUGCAGAAGGAUGCCUUCCUGGUGUUUCGCUCCCUGUGCAAGCUGUCCAUGAAACCCCUUGGCGAAGGCCCCCCGGAUCCAAAGUCCCACGAGCUGCGUUCCAAGGUGGUCUCCCUGCAGCUCCUCCUGUCCGUGUUGCAGAACGCCGGCCCGGUCUUCAGGACUCACGAGAUGUUCAUCACCGCGAUCAAGCAGUACCUCUGCGUGGCGUUGUCCAAGAACGGCGUCUCCUCAGUGCCUGAUGUCUUUGAGCUCUCUCUCGCUAUUUUUCUCACUCUUCUCUCAAACUUUAAACUGCACCUGAAGAUGCAAAUAGAGGUCUUUUUCAAAGAGAUUUUCCUGAACAUUUUAGAAACAUCAACAAGCUCUUUCGAGCACAGGUGGAUGGUCAUUCAGACCCUGACAAGGAUCUGCGCAGAUGCCCAGUGCGUUGUAGAUAUUUACGUCAACUACGACUGUGAUUUAAAUGCUGCUAACAUUUUUGAGCGCCUCGUAAACGAUUUAUCCAAAAUCGCUCAGGGAAGAAGUGGACACGAGCUGGGAAUGACGCCUCUGCAGGAGCUCAGUCUCAGGAAGAAAGGCCUGGAGUGCCUUGUGUCCAUCCUCAAGUGCAUGGUGGAGUGGAGCAAAGACCUGUAUGUGAAUCCCAACCAUCAGACCAGCCUGGGUCAGGAGAGGCCCGUGGAUCAGGAGAUGGGGGACCUGGCGAGGCGGAGCAGUGUGACGUCCAUGGAGUCCACGGUGUCCUCAGGGACUCAGACAACCAUCCAGGACGAUCCGGAGCAGUUUGAGGUCAUCAAGCAACAGAAGGAGAUGAUUGAACACGGCAUCGAGCUAUUCAACAAGAAACCCAAGAGAGGGAUCCAAUAUCUCCAGGAGCAGGGCAUGCUGGGAACAUCGGUGGAAGACAUUGCCCAAUUCCUGCACCAGGAGGAGCGUCUGGAUUCUACCCAAGUAGGUGAUUUUCUGGGAGAAAGCAUGAAGUUCAACAAGGAGGUGAUGUAUGCCUACGUGGACCAACUCGACUUCUGUGAAAAGGAGUUUGUCUCGGCCCUGCGGACAUUUCUAGAAGGUUUCCGCCUACCUGGAGAAGCUCAAAAGAUUGAUCGGCUAAUGGAGAAGUUCGCUGCAAGAUACAUAGAGUGCAACCAGGGGCAAACUCUGUUUGCUAGUGCUGACACUGCGUACGUCCUAGCAUAUUCAAUUAUUAUGCUAACUACAGACUUGCACAGCCCUCAGGUAAAAAAUAAAAUGACAAAAGAGCAGUAUAUUAAAAUGAAUCGGGGUAUCAAUGAUAGUAAAGAUCUACCUGAAGAAUAUCUCUCAAGCAUCUACGAAGAGAUAGAAGGCAAGAAAAUUGCGAUGAAAGAAACAAAAGAACACACAAUUGCCACCAAAUCUACUAAGCAGAGUGUCGCUAGUGAAAAGCAGCGACGGCUACUAUACAACUUGGAGAUGGAGCAAAUGGCGAAAACAGCCAAAGCUCUGAUGGAGGCCGUGAGCCAUGCCAAAGCCCCAUUUACGAGUGCCACUCACUUGGACCACGUCCGGCCAAUGUUCAAACUGGUGUGGACACCGCUGUUGGCAGCCUACAGCAUCGGACUGCAGAACUGUGACGACACUGAGGUGGCCUCGCUGUGUUUGGAAGGCAUCCGGUGUGCGAUCCGGAUUGCCUGCAUCUUUGGAAUGCAGCUGGAACGAGAUGCCUAUGUCCAGGCCCUUGCACGCUUCUCCCUGCUGACAGCCAGCUCCAGCAUCACGGAGAUGAAGCAGAAGAACAUUGACACCAUAAAGACGCUCAUCACUGUGGCUCACACCGACGGCAACUACCUCGGGAAUUCCUGGCACGAGAUCUUGAAGUGCAUCAGCCAGCUGGAGCUGGCUCAGCUGAUAGGAACCGGUGUGAAGACGCGCUACCUGUCUGGCUCCGGGCGUGAGAGAGAAGGGAGCCUGAAGGGCCACACGCUGGCGGGAGAAGAGUUCAUGGGCCUUGGCCUCGGUAAUCUGGUGAGCGGCGGAGUGGACAAGAGACAGAUGGCCAGCUUGCAGGAGUCAGUCGGCGAGACCAGCUCUCAGAGCGUGGUGGUGGCUGUGGACAGAAUUUUUACUGGCUCCACCAGGCUGGAUGGAAAUGCGAUAGUUGACUUUGUCCGCUGGCUGUGUGCCGUGUCCAUGGACGAGCUGGCUUCCCCCCACCACCCCCGCAUGUUCAGCUUGCAGAAGAUCGUGGAGAUCUCUUACUACAACAUGAAUCGGAUCCGACUGCAGUGGUCCCGAAUAUGGCAUGUGAUUGGAGAUCACUUCAAUAAGGUUGGCUGUAACCCCAAUGAGGAUGUGGCUAUCUUUGCUGUUGACUCAUUAAGGCAACUCUCCAUGAAGUUCCUUGAAAAGGGAGAAUUAGCCAACUUCCGUUUCCAGAAAGAUUUUUUGAGGCCUUUUGAGCAUAUUAUGAAGAAAAACAGGUCUCCAACCAUCCGGGACAUGGUGAUCCGCUGCGUCGCCCAGAUGGUGAGCUCCCAGACAGCCAGCAUCCGCUCAGGCUGGAAGAACAUCUUCGCCGUGUUCCACCAGGCGGCCUCGGACCAUGACGGGAACAUCGUGGAGCUGGCCUUCCAGACCACAGGCCACAUCGUCACAACCAUUUUCCAGCACCAUUUCCCUGCAGCCAUCGAUUCCUUCCAAGAUGCUGUGAAGUGCUUAUCGGAGUUCGCCUGCAACGCUGCCUUCCCUGACACGAGCAUGGAAGCCAUCCGGCUCAUCCGCUUCUGUGGGAAAUACGUCUCCGAGAGGCCGCGGGUGCUGCAAGAAUACACAAGUGAUGACAUGAACGUGGCUCCGGGUGACAGAGUCUGGGUCCGCGGCUGGUUCCCCAUCCUCUUUGAGCUCUCCUGCAUCAUUAACAGAUGCAAACUAGAUGUCCGGACCAGAGGGCUCACAGUGAUGUUCGAGAUCAUGAAGAGCUAUGGCCACACCUUUGAAAAGCACUGGUGGCAGGACCUGUUCAGAAUCGUGUUCAGGAUUUUCGACAACAUGAAACUCCCCGAGCAACAGUCGGAGAAAUCUGAGUGGAUGACAACAACUUGCAAUCAUGCACUUUAUGCUAUUUGUGAUGUGUUUACCCAGUUCUAUGAAGCUUUGAAUGAAGUUCUUCUUUCUGAUGUAUUUGCACAGUUGCAGUGGUGUGUAAAACAAGAUAACGAGCAGUUGGCUCGAUCAGGUACAAAUUGCUUAGAAAACUUAGUAAUAUCCAAUGGAGAGAAAUUCAGUCCUGACGUCUGGGACAAAACAUGCAAUUGUAUGCUGGAUAUCUUCAAAACAACCAUCCCCCACGUUCUGCUGACGUGGAGACCUGUAGGAAUGGAGGACGAUCCAGCAGAAAAACAUUUGGAUGUGGAUCUGGACCGCCAGUCUUUAAGCAGCAUUGAUAAAAAUGCCUCUGAGAGGGGUCAGAGCCAACUCUCUAACCCGACCGACGAUGGCUGGAAAGCCAGACCAUAUGCAAAUCAGAAACUGUUUGCCAGCCUCCUCAUCAAGUGUGUGGUCCAGUUGGAAUUGAUCCAGACCAUUGACAACAUCGUGUUCUACCCUGCGACGAGCAAGAAGGAGGACGCAGAGCACAUGGUUGCCGCCCAGCAAGACACACUGGACACAGACAUCCACAUCGAGACGGAGGACCAGGGCAUGUACAAGUACAUGUCUUCACAGCACCUCUUCAAGCUCCUGGACUGCUUGCAGGAGUCCCAUUCAUUCUCAAAGGCCUUCAACUCCAAUUACGAGCAGCGGACUGUCUUGUGGCGAGCAGGUUUUAAGGGCAAGUCUAAACCCAAUCUUCUAAAGCAAGAAACCAGCAGCCUGGCCUGUUGUUUGAGGAUCUUGUUUCGAAUGUAUGUCGAUGAGAACCGCAGGGAUUCCUGGGAAGAAAUUCAGCAGCGACUUUUAAGUGUGUGCUCCGAGGCCCUGGCCUACUUCAUCACAGUGAAUUCUGAAAGCCAUCGGGAAGCCUGGACAAGCCUCCUAUUGUUACUUCUAACAAAAACGCUCAAAAUAAAUGACGAAAAGUUUAAAGCACAUGCUUCCAUGUACUACCCCUACCUGUGUGAAAUUAUGCAGUUUGACCUGAUUCCUGAGCUCCGAGCCGUUCUGCGGAAGUUCUUCUUGAGGAUAGGCGUUGUGUAUAAGAUAUGGAUUCCAGAAGAGCCAUCACAAGUCCCAGGGAGCCUGUCACCAGUCUGGUAGCCCUGGCCCCUGCGGGCACCACUGUAUCUCUGCGGAACUGUCCCCAUGAUGCCCCUGCCUCGCACAUCUCGAGAAGGGUCAGACCACAGAAAGUUGACAUCCUGAAGCUAGAGAGGCCUGGGUAAGGAUGGUUCCAUCAGAGUCCCGGGACUCGGGCAUUGCGGUGUUUCUUUAAACUGCUGCGUACCCAGUUGACACAGUAGGUGGGGAGUCUGUCUCAUUUCCGUCAGUCUUUCCUCAUUACCCAUCGAACUGCGUGUCACCUGUCAUUGCACUCGCCGUCACUGUCAUACAGAGUCCCAUAACUGGCUAUUCACUCCCGUCAGAGGAAGUCACUCUCCUUGAAAAUACUGAACAUAGCUGUAUAGGUUCGUGAUUACUAGAGAGUACAUUAAUAAAAUUUCUUGUAACGGCUAAGUGCCACUUAAAAUACGCUGGGUUUUUUUUGUUUGAGUGUGCUAGAGAAGUUUGAGUGUUUUUGUCAGUUGUGAGUCAACUGUAGUUAUGUUAGCCUGGGGAAAGGUACAGGGAAAAAACUGUUCUUUGUUCUUUUUCCCCCCUGUUUUGUUAAUGUCUGGGUGAUUUUUAAAGCAUUUUUUAAAAAAAAGAUAUUACUGAGGAUUUGACUGAAAGCAGAGCUUAGUAAUAAAGUUAGAAUUAAGAGCUUGCAAGGUUUAAAAAGCAAACGUAGUGCUUCUGGCUCUCCCUGUUUUAGUAACGGGGGGAGGAAAAGCCUACAGGAAAAAGGAAACAAUUGAAUGAAGAUGGCUAGUCUUCCUUGAAGUAUUUGUAGAGGGGGUAUUAAAAUUUCCAGAAUACAUUGUCCAUCUAA